AUGGGGGGGGAAUGGAGAUCUCGACGCGGUGCUGUGCGCGAUGGCUGUAACGACAUGGUGAUGGCACAGAUCGAGGCUGCAGUGAUUUUAUGUUUUUGUGGUAGUUGUGGUAUUUUUGUUGGCAAUGUGUUGGAUCUAGUGAUGGCGACAUUGUUGGUGGUGGUGACCAUUUGGUUGCUCUGUGACCAAUCAUUGGUGGUGGAUUGGGUUCGGCAAUGGAGUAUUUGGGCCAGAAUUCCUAUUUUGACAUCUCAUUUUCCCCCUUUCUUACAAAUAGACCUGCACCUUUCGAUUACAACUCAAACAAAUUCUGUAGUGAAAUCAGGCCAAGAGGAGUAUGGGAGGAGGACACGGCCACGGCGUAACGUACAAAGGCGUAACAUUGCACCAACCCAAGCGGUGGCAUACUGUUACUGGCAAGGGCCUAUGUGCCGUCAUGUGGUUUUGGAUUUUGUACAGGGCAAAGAAAGAUGGUCCUGUAGUAUUGGGCUGGAGGCAUCCUUGGGAUGGCCACGAAGAUCAUCAUUAGGUUUCCGAUGGAUAGCCGAAAAUGAAAUAUGAAGCGCUUUACUUAUCAGUUCUUGGUAUCUUUGUCAUUUGGAAAUGAACUUGUUUCUGUACAACAAUAAGUUGAUUGUGUGAAGCGAAUGGCUUGAACAUGAGAUUAUGCGCAACUGUUAUUUUGUUUGCUGUUUGAAUGUUUUCUAAAUGCAUAUUACAUUGGAUGCUUCUCUUCAAUAUAGUUUGGUGAUCUGCAGUAUUGAUUUUA